CAGGCCCCCACCUUGAACAGAACACGAUACCAAGCUACACAGUGUGCCUUACCCCUACGGUGCGAACAGUUGUUGUUGCAAGAACGCAACCUGCUACCUCAGUAAGUUUGAUCAGUAAGUCGGCGAAUCGACGAGAGUGCAGGUGAAAAACGGAAAAACUCAGUAAAUCAAAAGAAAAGAAACGAAAGGAAAACUCCUAGACACCAUGAAAUUCAUCACCUUAACCGUCUGUUUCCUCGCCAUCCUGGCCGGCGUCUUUGCCCAGCGAUUCCACCCGCAAUUCGAUGCUGACUUUGCGUCCUACUUCCCGAUGAGAUCGAACCUUAGGGAUGCCCGAUCUAACCGAGGUCCAGUCGUAUUUCCUCCGGGUCCACAGUCCGGCAGCGAUGAGACAAGCGGCGUGAUCGUCGGAGCAAGUGGCUACGGAUUCGUACCCCCAGGUAACCAGAAAUACUGAGAUCUUCGCCAAGGUUGCAGGGAAUAAUUAAGGAAAAUAUCAAUCAAC